AUGUCGUGGCUGCUGCACCUGUCAAGUGAACCAGAAUCUUAUUUUAAGCAUCUGGAUCUCCCAGUGUAUCUGCGCGAGAGUUCGCGAAUGGGGUAUGUGGAUCUCGUUAAAAAGCUGCUAGAUGGAGGAGCCGAUCCUUCUGGAGGAGACGAUGAAGGCAAGACGGCACUUCAUUACGCUGCCGAGGGUGAAGAGUACUAUGAGGCAAUGGAAAUUAUUGAAAGAUUAGUGUUUGAUAAAUACAAAGGAAGUACCAACUGGGAGAAAGCUUCAGCGGGUGAUAAAUACGGAAGAAACGUUCUUCAUGUCGCUGCUUUACUUGGACAGUACCGGCUUUGUUAUGCGCUUUUACGGUGUAACAGAAAUCUGAUAGAUUCCAAGGAUCGUGAUGGACAGAGUGCUAUAUAUUAUGCAGUUGCUGGACCACAUGACGAACCCGAUCUUUUAAGAGUGCUCAUUUCAAUACAACCUAAUCAAGUUUUGGUCGAAGAUUUCAGCCAAACAACUCCUUUGCACGUGGCUGCUGCUAGAGGCAAAGUAUACAUGGUGGGAUUUCUUCUUUCAGCGAUUUCAGAAGAAGAGCGCAAGAAAAAUUAUGUUGAGGCACCAGACGUACUGGGUCAAACAGCACUGCACAAAGCAGCAAGUGGAGGGCAUUGGAGAAUUGUUGAAAUGCUUCUUGAGGAGGGUGCCAAUCCGUUAAAAGAACGGGACUGUGACGGCAAAACAGCUCUGCAUUUUGCGGCUCAAGCAGAGGGUGAAAAUGCCAAGAAAAUAGCCGAGUUGCUUUUGAAAAGCUGCAAGUCAGAUGAACAGAGAAGCUUGCUUUUGUUUGCUUCUGCAGGUGAAAUUGGUUUAGGCUCCGAUUCUUCGCUUGACGUCUAUCUUGAUCAGGAAAAAUAUAAAAUACGGGAAACACUAGAGAUGGAGAACUUGCUUAGAGUAGCAGCAAGACUAGGCGAUAUAGAUAUGACACGGGAGUUCAUCACUAGGGGUGCAAAUAUCUCUCUCAUUCGCGAUAAGGAAUGGAUCGACACUCUCUCAACAGAAGAAGAGAAAAAGAAUGUCCAAGAUGUUAUGGACCAAAUUAAGAAUAAUGUUGAACAAGGGACCGACAAACCGGCUCUGCGGGAUAAUCUUGGACGAAAUCCGUUCGCCAUUGGUCUGGCUGCAUUAUUUUUAAAUCCUUUUAUGAAAUCUCCUAUCACUGUGGGGGUCUCAGGAGAAUGGGGAAUGGGAAAGUCAAGUGUAAUGGUUCAGACAGAGAGCAUUCUUCUAAGGAAAGCAGCACAGUUAGCAUUCACAAGUUCAUUUAAAAAAAACGAUAUUAUCAUUGGAGCAAGUGAAUCCAAAUUAUCUGCAACCGGGAAAGCCAGGCGUAGGAAAAUAGCAAAUGCAAUAAAAAAGUUAGAUGCUAAAAGGUGGGCUGUCCUUGAUGUUAUUGACAACAUUCAAACGUCUAUCAAACAAGUAAAGAAGUUCACAACAGAGGUAGACACGCACUCCCUACAUUCACAGAUUAGGUGCCCUUAUUUACAGCUACAUAAUAUAUUUGCGAAAGAGCUCCGCAUUUGCUCAAGGUUGCGCAAAUUUUUGGGUAAGCUCCGAGGUCUUUGGGAGGAAUUUGCACCUGAAGAUUUGAGCAAGUUUGACGAGAUUUUUGAAAAAACCUAUCAAGAUAAAUAUCAUCAAAUUUAUAAGUCCCUAGCCGUCAUUGAUAGGCGUGAUAUGUUUGAAGAAGAUGAAGAAAGUGGAUCUGGAAAUCAAACAGUUGGUCAAAUGCCAUGGGAGGAAUACUCGUUGCAAUGGGCUGCACCUUCCAUUUUGACUGUACAAUACAAUGCCUGGCAUUACAGGAAUGAAACCGAGGCAUGGGCCGGUCUAGCAGUAAAAAUUACAGAAGAAUUUGAAUCAACGAUGACAGUGGCACAUAAGCUGAGGACUAGCUGCAUAUAUAAUUGGAGAAACCGCAGAGAUAGCAUCUGUUUGAAAGUGAUCUUCCCAUUCUUUCUUGCAGUAGUGGUGGCCAUCUUUCUUAGUAUCAUUAUAUGGUAA